CCGACACACGACCUCUGGACUCUCCUCGCCCCUCCUUACGAUGCCACGAUGAGCGAGUCGCAGAAGCUCCUGUACGAGCACCACGACGAUUCCGACUCAGACCCCAGCCACGACAUACAGCCCUUCCCACAACGCCGCCGCCCGUCGCCCGCCAGCGUAUCGCGGUCGCGCUCACGCCAGUCGUCGGCUUCGCCCGCGCCUGGCGCUGAACCCAAUGGCCGCUUCGGCCCGCCCAAGCGGCAGUCAUCCUUUGCGCAGCCCCGGCCAGACGGCGCGCCGCGGACGCCCAACCGGGUGCGCUUUGAGGAGCCGCGCCGGAGCAUGAAUGGGGAUGCACCGGGCGGGGACUGGGUGGAGCUGGAGGGCGACGACUACCUCGAGGCGGGGCACCAGGGGCGGGAACGGACACAGCGCUUGCCAUUGCUCACAGGCAUCGAGGCCCCGAGCGUGACGGUCGCGUCCGAGGCAUUCAACCCGGAAGACCACCUGGAGAGCGCACGCCCGAGAAGUAACAUGCGGAGCGCCUUCAUGAACAUGGCAAACAGUAUAAUAGGCGCAGGCAUCAUCGGCCAGCCCUAUGCUUUCCACAACGCGGGCCUCCUCACGGGCACCCUCCUGCUCAUCGGUCUCACCAUUACCGUCGACUGGACCAUACAGCUUAUAGUCAUCAACUCGAAGCUCAGCGGCACCGACUCCUUCCAGGCCACCGUCGAACACUGCUUUGGGAAGUCGGGGCUCGUGGCCAUCUCGUUGGCGCAAUGGAUAUUUGCGUUUGGUGGCAUGAUGGCCUUUUGCGUCAUUGUAGGAGACACGAUACCAAAGGUGCUGGACGCUUUGUUUCCUUCCUUGUCCGACACGUCCUUUCUGUGGCUCCUCACCAACCGUCGAGCCAUCAUUAUUCUCUUGGUGCUUGGCAUUUCGUAUCCUCUGUCCCUCUACCGGGACAUUGCAAAGCUCGCAAAAGCCAGUGGUCUUGCCAUGGUCAGCAUGGCCAUCAUCAUCGUCACCGUAAUCACGCAGUCUUUCCGCGUCCCUCCCGAGUCCCGCGGCAAAAUAGAAGGCUCCGUCGUAAUUCGUCCAGGCAUCUUCGAAGCGGUAGGCGUGAUAUCCUUUGCCUUUGUCUGCCACCACAACUCCCUCCUCAUAUACGGCUCCCUGCGCACACCCACCAUCGACCGCUUCGCCCGUGUUACGCACUACAGUACUGGUAUCUCUCUCAUUGCAUGCCUCGUCAUGGCGUACUUUGGCUACCUCACCUUCGGCGACAAAACCCAAGGCAACGUUCUCAACAACUUUCCCAACGACAAUGUCUUCGUUAAUAUCGCGCGCUUCUGCUUCGGACUGAACAUGUUGACCACGCUUCCGCUCGAGGCUUUUGUCUGCCGGGAGGUUAUGAACAACUACUGGUUUCCUGACGAGCCGUACCAACCAAACCGCCACAUGAUUUUCACUACUUCGCUUGUCGUGUCUGCCAUGACGCUUUCUCUUCUCACUUGCGACUUGGGCGUCAUUUUUGAACUUUUCGGUGCCACCUCUGCGUGUGCUCUAGCGUACAUACUGCCGCCGCUUUGCUAUAUCAAGCUGAGUAAGAAGCGCACCUCGCAGACUUACCUGGCCAUGGCGGUUAUGGCGUUUGGUUGCGCUGUUAUGGCCAUUUCUUUGGUGAAAACGAUGGGGAAGAUGUCGAGCGGCACGGAAAGCCAGGCGCAGUGUUCGUAGAUUUGACAUCGUCGUCUUCUUGUCUGUUGCAUACAUCGGCGCUUUGGGAACGAUACAGGGCAUUGGACGUGUUGGCAUAUUCAUACAUUGGAGUUCAGCGGGUAUUGUAUCAUAUGGGGGACAUGCUGUAGUAUAUACGAUAACUUUAGUGACU